AUGUGCGUUUUUUGUUCCUACCUGGCGUGGGUGGCAUCGGAUAGUGGGAGCCGCAAUGAUCAUCAUCUCGCAUCACCAGAGCCGCGGGAGAAGGCCGCACGAAAAGCGACUCUAGUGCACCGCAAUAAGAACGCCGGACGAGUUGCGGUCGUGAAGGACGUCCGCUGUUUGUUUGUCACCGUUGUUUUAAUGGCAUUACGACGGGAAGGGUUAUCUGCGAGGUCCGAUCUCACCUCAGGUACGGAACAAGAUUGA